ACCCGCGAAGGGACGGUGGUGGGAAUUGGGGAAAGUCGGGCCGAUCGGGUGUCUUCAUUCAAGCGACGGUACAGAAGAAGAACGAAACGAAGUGAGAGGCCGGGGGUCGGGGAAAAGAGUCGAGUCGAUCAGUCUCGACGAUCGGAAGAAGCAAAACGAAAGAAGGAUUUGGCCGAAAAAGAAGCAAGGCUAUGGAUACCAUGACCGAUCACCAUCGAUAAAGAAUCAUCUUUCGUCAUCACUUCGGGUCAGCGGGGCCUUCAAGCAUACUCAAAUCAAAUCCAGGAUCCGGGCUUUCAAAAGAAGGAAGUUAUUCUUGUUCUUUUGCCCAAAGAAGUCCCGCUUCUCCGGCUGGACGAGUCAUCUACAACAAAGGACCCGCCCCGCAGUGCGCUCUUCCUUGAAUUAUUCGGUCAUGCAAUACUUAUUGAAUACAAAGAACAAAAUGCAUUUCGACCCUGUCUCCGUUCUCAAUCAUUUCGUGGCUGAACCAUCUACGAUAGGGGGAGCUAAUGCACAGGAAAGAAGUGACGAUAAGAGAAUACGUUCUCGCAUCGCUUUUUUUGUAGAAAGCUCGACCAGCGAGAAAAAGUGUUUGGCCGAAGCCAAAAAGAGGUUGACCCACUUCAUUCGCCAAGCGAAUGAUCUUCGCUUCGCGGGAACAAGAAAAACAACCAUCUCGCUCUUUCCUUUCUUCGAUGUAGUAGGGGUUGCAAACCGGACGGUACACAACUUGGUUUUGGAAGAUAUGGAACUCAAAGUUGUAGAGCAGGUCGUCUUUCAUAUCGAGCCAUUGAAGCAGCGCGUCGGGCUAUAA